UGCUGGAUGGGGAGACUGAGAGAAGAGCCGCAGCUCAGUGCAGGAGUACAACAUUUCACCGCGAGCUCCGCGGAAGGAACACCUGUUUCCACCCAGCCAAGAAUUACAAGAAAAAAGGAAAGCGCUCUGGCGUAUUUCUGUUCGCCGGUGAUCGCCCAACAUUCCCUGUACCUGGACAUCUCUCAUCUCUGACAGCUCUUGGAUAUUGCCUUUGCACAUCAGAGAAGAUCAAAGUUUUAUGGUGGGAUUCUGUCUGUGGCAGCACUGUGCGAUCUCUAAAAACAACAUAUAUGUUACACAUUUGCACACUUGAUUCCAGGAUUCCUGCUGGUGCAUGCAGUGUAUAAUACAGUAAAAACAGCGCAUGCCUUUAUGGAGGCAGAAUCCAUAAUUCUGACGUAGCCUGAACAUCUUAAAAAUUCCCACAACGUCGGCUUUUUAAGUUGGCAUGAUCAUUCCAACCUUAACUCUAAUGGAGAAGCUAUGGAUUUUUAUUCUUCAAACAGCUGGAUGGGCUGAAGACCACAUUACCUGUUAAGGUCUGGGGGAUCUACCGUAUGUAUAUAAAUUAUGUCAGUGCGUGAUUAUAAAGUGGCGGUUUCUUAGACUAACAGCGCUGUGACCUUGAACCCGUAGCAGUCAAAACAAAAUAUUACUUUUAUUUAUGCGUUUUAAUGGAUUAAAGGGAGAGCACCUUCACCAGUAACGGCAACGAGGAGAGGGAGUGGUAGAAGAUCUCUUUGGUUGAUACCAUCAUUAUUGUUUAUUCUCGUUCUCUAAAAGCAGAAUCUUCUGAUGGCUCCUUUAGGGGAAGUUGGGAACUAUUUCGGUGCUCAGGAUGCUCUUCCUCUGGGGAACGUGCCGGUUUUACCGGCGGAUAAUCCGCACCUGGUUCACUCUGAAGCCGGGGGGCUGCCCAGGGGGGCCGCGGUGACGGACCUGGAUCAUUUGAAGGGAAUUCUCAGAAGGAGACAGCUUUACUGCAGAACCGGAUUCCAUUUAGAGAUUUUCCCCAAUGGUACCAUUCAGGGUACGAGACAAGACCACAGCCGAUUCGGUAUACUGGAGUUUAUAAGCAUAGCUGUGGGCCUCGUCAGCAUCCGCGGCGUGGACAGCGGCCUCUACCUCGGGAUGAAUGAGAAGGGGGAGCUGUAUGGGUCGGAAAAGCUGACGCCGGAGUGUGUGUUCCGGGAGCAGUUUGAGGAGAAUUGGUACAACACGUACUCCUCCAAUCUAUACAAACACACGGACACUGGACGAAGAUACUAUGUGGCGUUAAAUAAGGACGGCACUCCGAGAGAAGGGACUAGGACUAAAAGGCACCAGAGGUUUACACACUUUUUACCAAGACCUGUGGACCCUGACAAAGUACCCGAACUAUAUAAAGAUAUUUUAAGCCAAAGUUGAUAAUAACAUACGGUUUUUUUUCUGGUUUGAGCCCUUAAAAGUGGAAACGACGACAACAACAACAACAACGACAACAAAACAAACUAAAAAAAAUAUAUAAAACAGAAUAGAAACAAAGCAGACAACAAACACUCUAGAGAUUUUUGUGCGGUGGGCUCUUAUUGAUUAGCUGUGUCAUCACAUCAGCUGCACUGUUGCCAAACUUCGCCGCAUGCAUAAUGUAUGAUGCAGGCUUGGAUGGAACGUGCCGGUUUCUGUCCUGCACUUAAAAUACGGUCUGUCCUGUUAGAGGGGAGCCCGCUCGCUCGGUUUCGUCACCAGGGGCAACGCAAGACGGGAUGAGAGCCGGAGAGAGGCGCCUGGACCCGUGGAGAGAGGCAGAGAGGGAGACUGAGACUGAGAGGGGUGUGGCCCGAUGCAUGUUGAGAGACGGACACGCUUUUCAUAUUUUUUUCUCCACCCCCCCCAUCAGUUCCUCCUCAUCUUAUAUCAGCAUCGCUGCGUUCGGGUUUUGGCUGGUGGCCUGCUCACGCCUAUCCUGUAUGAACGGUGGCAUGUACGAUGCAGUCUUAAAAAAAAAAAGGCAAGAGACGUUUUCAGUUAUCAGCUCCUUGGAGCUUAAAGCAAAGACCUCUUAGUAAAAAGAAAAAAAAAAGAAACCUUAAAUUUAUUUAUAGAAAACUUUCAAAGGCAACAUUAUAUUUAUUUUAUAUAUUUAUUUAUUAUAUAGAGUUUAUUUUUAAUGAAAUAUGUAUAGACCAAGAUAGGCAUUUCGGAAAGCUUUAGAUGCUGUAGGCAUGUUGUGCCGGAGGCCGUGGUAUCUUCGUGGACGAACACAAAUCCUGUCGGCAUGGACAGAAGAUAUUCUAGUGACCCUUAUUGUACUGAAGGUGACAAUCUAUUUUUUGCCCAUAUUAUUGUAAUAAUAUGCACAGCACUCAUGACACUGAGUAUCCACUCUUCUUACCGCUUGUUUCAUAGCUUUCCCUGAGGAUUAAAGAAAAACCUGGGUCCUGACUGUU